AUGGCGGACGACCUGGACAUAGGACAACCACCAAAUGAGACAGAAGUGAGGGAUGAUUCAACUUUACCUGUCCAGGAGGAUGGUGGAACUGAGGGACUAGCGAAUCUGUCCUUGUCUACAACAUCGGCAAGUGAGGCCUGUAAGCGCCCGAGACGCCGAAAGCUAAAUAUAGCCGAAUUAAGCACUAUUGUGGAAGAAGAAGCAGUAUCGGGAAAUCUGAUUGCUGGGAUCAUCAAUCCUGCAGCCGUUAGACUCACAUACAAGAGAAUGGCGAAUGUAGGAGACGAGGCUCUGCCUCGGGCUCUGAGAGAGAUGCCAGAGGACAUCCGACAGACGCAUGACCUGGACGAGGGAGAGCUGGUCGCAGUCAUCAAGUGCAGAGUGAGAAUCCGAAAACAGUUCCAGGUGGCCUUCACAAAGGAGGGCCACCUGCGUCAACGAUUCGUCACCAUUCUGGACCGGAAGGACGAACAAGGACAACCUAUAUUCGGCCAAGACGUGAUCAACUCGAACUGUCCGAAGAGAGAGAUAAAAAGGAUCGCAAGCCAAAACCCACUCCUUUUCACGUCGUCGGGACGUCUUCUUAGUGGCUCGGCAGCCGCAAGGGUAGCAAGGUCCCGGAGUUGCAGCAUGCCCAGUUAG